GUCUAAUCAGAAGUAACCACAUUGCGCAUGCGUGACACUGGAUGCUGGACUCACUGCAGAGGAUUGUUUUCGAUGGCUUCUAUCUUCUAACGGACGCGACUAAGCGAACACGGAAGUGAGUGUGAGACGCCUCUCUCUUCGGUGCCGUCUUCUUUUCCAAUGAACCCGUAGCACCAGUGUCGUGAAUACCAGAGGUCCCUGGUUUGGCGUGAAAUUAGACGGUAAAAUGCCGUUCACGCAGAGAUCAAGGGUGACAGAUGUGAAGAGUGACCAGUGAAGAUUCUGUUCACAGGAACUCUGAUCCAUCAUGGGAAACUCACCAUCAAAGAAUGUCACUGGAGAGGAACCGGUCAAAACAACUUUAUUUGAAAAGGAGCCAAAUGGGAUAACAUACAGAAUUCCUGCUCUUAUUUAUUUGAGGCACAGUCACACCUUCCUCGCCUUUGCAGAGAAGAGAUCCUCGCCCUCUGACUGUGAUGCAAAAAAUCUUGUUAUGAGAAGAGGGACGUUGAGAGAUGACGGAUCUGUUCAGUGGUCGUUAAGUCAGGAGCUUUUAACAGCAUGUUUACCACACCACCGCCCCAUGAAUCCUUGCCCUGUGUAUGAAAAACACAGCAAGACAUUGUUUUUAUUUUUCAUCUGCAUCAGGGGAAACACCUCAGAGAAGAAGCAGAUCUCCACAGGCAAGAACAAGGCACGUCUCUGCUGUGUUAGCAGCAGCGAUGACGGCCAGAACUGGAGUCAAGUGAAAGACUUAACAGAGAGCGUGAUCGGUGAAACUAUCCACAAGUGGGCCACUUUCGCUGUGGGUCCGGGCCACGGUGUCCAGCUGGAAAAUGGAAGAUUGAUCAUCCCAGCCUAUGCCUAUUACGUCCCUUACAGAUGCUGUUCCUUCCCUAUUCCUUGUACAGUCUACCCGCGGGCUCUGUCAGUAUUUAGUGAGGACUUUGGCCAGACGUGGCAUAUCGGUAAGAUGCUUCGAAAAAAGUCAUGUGAAUGUGAGAUGGCGGAGAUCAUAGAUCACGAGGGCAGGAGUCACCUUUACUGCAAUGCUCGUAACACUGGACGCCACAGAUGCGAGGCCCUGAGUGAAAACAGCGGCGUCUACUUCGACAAGCCCCACCUGGCUCCAGAGCUCGUGGAACAACGUUAUGGCUGUCAGGGCAGCGUCAUCGGCUUCCCUGCUCCUGAAUUUGUCCCAAAUGAUGACGCUGAAAGCAAAGCAUGCGGCACGUCUCUCUUGUCUCCAGACACGCAAACCUGGCUCCUCUUCAUGCACCCAACUGAUAAGUCUAAGAGAAGAGACAUGGGUGUGUAUUUGAACCGCUCCCCUCUGCACUCAUCAGGAUGGGACAAGCCCAGGAUCAUCCACAGCGGACCCAGCGGCUACUCUGACCUGGCUUACAACGGGGACAAGGAUCAGUUUUCGUGCCUGAUGGAGUGCGGGAAAGAAAGUGAACUCGAGCAGAUUGCGUUCAUGUCGUUUACCCUUAAUGAUGUCAUGCAGGCGGGCAAGAAAGACAAGAAGCUGCACUGAAUUGUGGUUGUUUUACUUCUGUAUUUAAAGCUCUCUAACAUUCUCCUGCAAACUAAAAAUCCAAGCAAAAGCCACUAAAUAUGCUGUGCAGUAACAUCUGUCUGUGUUUACUGUAGUACAUUCUGGAGAUGAUGAUGCAUGCAUUAGUCGUGUGUUUUGUUGUCUCCUUGUUUAUAUGAUUAAAAAAAAAAGUAAAUCAAGUCUUAAUAGUAUUAAUAUGCAACCAGCUGUAUAAGGAAGGCAACUUUUCAAUCGGAUUUGUGGAUGAUUUGAAGCAUGCCAUGCCGGACUGUCAUUUUUAAAACAGGCUUCGUAUGUUGCAUGUCUGACAAGUAUUUCCUGAGCAGUGGAGAGAGUUUGCCUACCUCUUUUUAUUUUCAUAUGACGACCAUAGUAAAAGUGGAGCGUAGAGUUCCCUCCAUGCUCAGUCUUUCCUUUACAUUUAGUAUACUCUGACUCACAUAUGCCUUCUACUCAACUGUUUAAACUUCAGCUGUGCCACACAGCCUGUCAGGGCACGACCUUCUCUGUGGUCUCAGAUUCAGCCAAAGCCGGCAACAAAACUGGACAGAAAAGAUAAACAUUUGCUUUUUACUUGCCACAUUCAGCUAAUCAAUGAAGAGACCGACCAAACUGUACCGGAUAUGAGUUUUUUUUAAGACAGUUGAUGGAUUAAUAGAGAGAAUUACUGUACUUUCUCCAAGCUAAUUCUGUCAAAAGCUCUCGGGCUACUUUGUACUGUACACUGAUUUUUAUUACAUUCAUUUUCAAAAGCAAUAUUUCACUUGGUUACAUUAUUUUUGCAUUUUCCAGCACAGUUACUAUGAUUUUUGUGAGCUGUGAAGUGCAGUAUUAUGAUCAGGUAUGAUUGGCUAGCUCAUGGUUAUCAACUGAAAGCAUGCAACAGCAGAAGAAGUACUAUUUAUUAAGCUACUAGGAAGUUGUGCACACAAAACCUUGUACUGAGUGAUUUUAACAUCCCUCUUUGCCUAAUGUUAUGAGGCAUGAUGCCUCCAGGUGGUUUCCACACUAGUUUCAUUGUGUUUUUGUUGACUGUUGUGGAAAGUGACAAAACCUGCAUGAAACAUGUGUUUUAGUAGAAAAUAAAAGUAACCUGUGAUCACG